AUGGCCUCCCACGACCAGACCACCAACGACGAUGUGCGCGUACUUGGUUAUGACCCACUCAUCCCUCCCCAACUCCUCGCCCAAGAGCUUCCCAUCCCCGCCCACGCCCAAAAGACGGUCCUCCAAGGACGCAAAGAUGCUGCCAGCAUCAUCACACAAAAGGAUGACCGACUACUUGUCAUGGUUGGGCCCUGCUCGCUCCACGACCCAGAAUUGGCCGUCGAGUACUGCCAGCGUCUCAAGGCUUUGGCCGACAAGCUUCAAGACAACCUCUGCAUCAUCAUGCGCGCUUACCUUGAGAAGCCACGAACAACAGUCGGCUGGAAGGGUCUGAUCAAUGACCCAGACAUUGACGAGACGUACCAAAUCAACAAGGGCCUUAGGGUAUCUCGCAAGCUCUUUGUUGACCUCACAUCUGCUGGCAUGCCUAUCGCCUCAGAGAUGCUCGACACCAUCUCUCCACAGUUCCUUGCAGACCUCAUCUCCCUUGGCGCCAUUGGUGCCCGGACGACAGAAUCCCAGCUCCAUCGUGAACUGGCGUCUGGUCUCUCUUUCCCCAUUGGCUUCAAGAACGGCACCGACGGAGGCUUGACAGUGGCUGUUGAUGCUAUCGGUGCUGCGGCAGCAAAACAUCACUUCAUGGGUGUUACCAAGCAGGGUCUGGCUGCCAUUACCAGAACCGCGGGUAACGAGCACUGCUUCGUUAUUCUGCGUGGUGGAUCCAAGGGCACCAACUACGACAAGGACAGCAUCAAGGCUGCCCGUGAAGCUUUGAAGAAGAAGGGUCUGCCUGAAGUUAUGAUGGUCGACUGCUCACACGGCAACUCGAACAAGAACCACCGCAACCAGCCCCUUGUAGCAAAGGACAUUGCUGAUCAAAUCCGCAACGGCGAGACUGGCAUUGUCGGUGUCAUGAUUGAGUCCAACAUCAACGAGGGCAACCAAAAGGUUCCACCCGAGGGCCCUAGCGGCCUUAAGAAGGGUGUCUCCAUCACCGAUGCCUGCAUUGAUUGGGAUACUACUGUUGAGACGCUUGAGAACCUUGCUGCUGCUGUCGCAGAAAGACGGGCACACAAGACCAAUGGCGCACAAUAG